AGUUUCACUGUAUAUGUUUAUAGAAUAAUGAGAGAGUGUAAAUGUCUUCACAAACCAAGAGGCUAAAGAUGAAUGAAGAUAGCAAUGUAAAAAUGAAUGUUGAAAGCAUUGAACAAACAGAUAAUGUAAAACCAACUGAAGUUGUCGCUGCAGGUGUUACAGCGAGUGUAACUGUAGCCUUACAUCCCUUGGUGAUCAUGAACAUAUCUGAUCAUUAUACUCGCAUUAAAGCCCAAGAAGGCAUUGCACCUAAAGUUUUUGGUGCAUUGCUUGGAAAGCAAAAUGGCCGCCAUUUGGAACUUUUUAAUUCUUUUGAAUUACAACAUACAGAAAAUAACAAUGGUGAAGUAUCAAUCGAAAUGGAAUAUUUCCGCAAUAAAGAAGAACAAUUUCGUCAAGUUUUUAAAGAUCUUGACUUUUUGGGUUGGUAUACUGUUGGUUUAUCGAAAGCUACUGAACAAGAUAUCCAUAUACAUCGACAGCUAUCUGAAGUUAAUGAAAGUUCAUUGUUAUUAAAAUUAGAUCCAAUAUCAAAGUCAUCCAAUCUGCCAGUCACAAUUUACGAGUCAAUGAUGGAUAUUAUCGAUGAACAGCCACGAAUGCUAUUUAUCGAAGUUUGUUACACCCUUGCAACAGAAGAAGCUGAAAGAAUCGGAGUAGACCAUGUUGCAAGAUUGUCGUCUGCCGGAACUUCUGACAUUUCUCAAGUGUCUGAAUAUAUUCAAGUACAGAAAAGUGCAGUCAAGAUGUUGUAUUCUAGAGUGAAAAUUAUCAUGCAAUAUGUUAAAGCUGUGAAAGCAGGUGAAAUACCUGUGGAGCAAGAAAUAAUGCGUGAAUGUUUGAGUUUAUGUCAACGUUUACCUGUGUUGAAUACAGAAACUUUUAAAGAACAUUUUUACGAUCAAUGCAACGAUGUUUCCCUCAUGGCUUACCUUGCUGCAAUUACGAAAGGUUGCAACAUAUCAAACGAGAACCGCGGAAAUGCAAUUGCAAUAAAGUUGACUCGCAAAAUUUUAACAGCCAGCUUUUUUGUUUCAGUUGAUUGCAAAGUUCAACUUGAUUUUUGACCGUCAUGGAUCAAGCAGAAGAAUGCGAGGGCUGUUUUUCUAAAGAUUUGUUUGAACCAUAAAAUGUUCGAAUCAUAGAAUGUUCGUACGUUGCGAACGGAUUCUUUGCUGUUGUAGCAGUGUCGCUUUCUUUAAAAAAGACUGGUCUCCAAUGUGCCAUUGCACAGAGGAUUUUUAAGAAGAAGUUCAAGAUUACUGACUAGAUUUAUUUUCUAAAAAGAAAAUUACGACUCCUAAAA